AGAAAACGAAAAACAAACAAAAGAGGAUAGAAAUGGAGAAGGGAAGUCCGAGCAGCGCCUUGCAGAGUCUACUGGAAGCCAUUAAAGCUUCCGACGUUGUGGAGAAGAGAAUUCAGUUGCUCGCUAAGCUCGAAGAUUUGGAUUUGCGUGAGGAAUCCGAUUCGGCUUCUUUAGUUGAAUGCCUUGCCACAUUCUGGGAGGACUACACUUGCUUGGAUGUGUCUCAAUGCAUGUUGAAUAAAACUAUAGUCCAUGUGGCUGUGAAAUUCGCAAGUCCAGCCUCAUCCGAUUGUUUGCCGCAGUUUCUUGCUCUGAGUACCAAGGCCAGCUCAUGGUGCAGAAAGCAUUUGAAGAUGACUCUCAUGUCCACACAAGAUUCUCAAGAGGAAGAACACAGCCAGCUCUUCUUUCAGGUUCCCGAGUCUUCGACUAUUGAGUUUGCUUCUUCUGGAGUUGCUCCGCCUAUCAACUGCUAACAUAUUGUCUUUGACAAAAUAUCCACUUCUGAGCAGCAAGGAAUCAGUAGACAUUGUUGAGAAAUUCAUUCUGGAACUGCUAAAUCUGAUAAAAGACGUGGUCCCAGAGAUUAAGGUAACCCAGACUUCUCUAUGAAGAUUUCUGUCAUUGAAUGUGGUUUGGCAAAUGAGAAGCCAGAGUAACCCCAAACUAAUAGGUCACUUUAAUUAUUUCUCGUCCAGAACUCUGUCAGUAGCUAUUGCUGAUCUACUUUUUCCUUUUGCUAAGCAGAGGAUUAAUUCAUUGGGCUCGGAAGUACUAAAGGUUGCACAAACAUCAAUUGAUGCUUUGAUAAAUUUGUGCAAGAGGUAUUUCCAAAUUAUCAAUGAGAAUCUAUCUGAUGCAAGGCUCAAAGAUUCUAGUGUCAUAGCUUCAGAAGUGGUCAGUGUUAAGGAUCAUGUUUUAACUAUCACAAAACAUAUGGUUGAGAAAUUGUGUGAGUUGGGGAGCCUAGCUGCAAGUGAUGGUGGAAGCCUGGUCACCAUUCUCAAUGUGUCUUGGAAAGGUGUGGUUACUCUGCUUCAGUUGGGCAAGGAAGUAAUAACACAGAGAGUAAAUGUGCAAGAUAUCAUUAGGACUUUAACAUCACUGGUGAAUGGGCAUCUUAAAUGUGCAACUGAGGCCUGGUCUUCCACACAAGAAACUGUUUCUGUUGCUGAAUCUAGAAGGACUUUUCUUCCUGUCAAGUUUUACCUUCUCAAUGCAGCUAAAAUAUCAUCUCUGUAUCCGUGCCAAGCAUGUCUUGUUUAUAGAGAAUUAAUGUUCUGCAUUCUACUUAUCUCAACCUUUAGAAUUUCACUGUGUUAUGAGAAAAAUUUGAAGAAUGCUAGUGAAGUCUGCUCUGAACUUUUAGAUAAGACAUACUUGGAUCUUCUUAGUUCUAUACUGAGUUCAGCUGAAGUGAACCCGGAACUCAAGUUAGAACUACUGAACUGGUUAUUCAAUGAUGAAUGUGGUGCCGUCUCCGAGGAAAGAGAUCCGACUACUUACUACAACAUUGGUUUGAUGAUUGAAAUCUUUGCUGUCAGUUGUGAAGCUGUUCCCAGGUCAUCACUGUUGCUACUUGGUCGUGUUGCAUUGUUCCAUUCUUUGCUUAGCCACUCUGUUGGUUUCGAAGAAGAUGUGAAGAUCAAAAUCACUAGAAAACUAGACUGGUUCUUGGAUGUUAUGGUCAACAAGGACAUAUACUCUUAUGUUCUGACCUUGCAAAUUCCGGUGGUAAAUGGCACUGGGCAAAAGCUGGAAUUGAAUUGGCAGUCCAUGUUUUCAGUUCUUUUAGAUUCAAUCAAAACUUUUAUGAUCGUUUCAUAUUCAAGUGUUGCUUGGGAGGAAUUUGAGGAUUUCUUGGUGGAGAAUAUUUGUCAUCCUCAUUUUCUUUGCCGGGAAAUCAUAAUGGAACUUUGGUGCUUUCUGGUUCGCCACGCUGAAGAAGAAGUUGCAAAAGCUCUUAUUUGUAAACUUUGCAUUGUAAUGAAGCUGAUAGCAGAUCCUGCAUCACUUGGUUUUCCUACGUCUCUGCUGAGGAAGAUGGCAAGAGCGAUCUGUUUGCUUCUUACUAAUGGUACAGCUUCAACAGCAGACCAUGUUUACAGUUUUAUUGCUGAUGAUACUGGAUCACACUCAUUGAUGGUCAUAUAUUCAGCAUUGCUCUUGGAAGGCUUUCCUCUAAAUCUGCUGCCAGAGAAUGUAAGAACUAUGGCUAAGCAGAAAAUUAUUACAGAUUAUUUUGGCUUCAUAGAGAGUUUUGAUGAAAGCCUGCUGCCUGUCACCAGUUCCAAUGCGUUUGGAACACCAGUGAUUGCUAUAUGUGCUUCUUUGCAGUCGCAGCAGGUUAGCAUGUCUGACGUUGACUUGAAGACCCUGAAGUUUAUAAUCAAAAUUAUUCAGAACUUGAAGCACCCCAAAGGCAAAUCAACCAAGGAAUGCUGUUUUAUGCUCUUGAAUGUAGCAUUGGAAAUCGUCUCAGCGAUGAAGCACCUAUAUCAAUCCGAUGAGAUGGAGAAAGUUGUUAUGGAACUCCACGGUCUUUUUAUCUCUGGGCCGACAGCUUCAGAUUCUCACCUGCACCAGUGCAAACCACAUCUGGCACUCUUCAUGGGAGGGCUUGGUGACAUGCAGAUGUCAGAAAGUGACGAUUGUGCCAAGAGCACUGCAGUGUGGGAGUUAUACCACAUGAUGUUGAAGGAACGACACUGGGCGCUCGUCCACCUCGCCAUUGCAUCAUUCGGGUACUUUGCUGCUCGUACGUCAUGCAAUCAACUCUGGAGAUUCGUCCCACAAAACGCGACCCUUUCAUACGAUGUUAUAUCAGCAAGUGAAGCAUCGGAGGAGAGAUUUAUGUCCGAGCUGAAGGCGUUCCUGGAGAAAGAAGUCGCUGUUUUAGCAACCAUUACAGCCAGCUCGCACCAGCAUGAGUUGCUUGUGAAGGAAGGAACCGUGCUGAGAGAAAUGGUUCAGAAGAUUUCCAACACCUGCAUAGAAGAAGAGGUUACAGAAUCUGAUGGCUUGGGAUCCAACGUAGACAGCCAAUGCAGCAAGAGAAGAAAACUCCCCGACGGAAUUAGCAGAGGAGUUGAGUUGAUACAGAAUGGUCUCAAGUUCAUUGGUGAUGGUCUUUCUCAGUGGCAACAGAAUCAUAAUGUCGAGUCCACUGAACUUCAAGAGAAGUUCCUGACUCACUUUUCUCGUCUUGAAGAUGUGGUCUCACACCUAUCAGGCUUGGCCGGCAGUGGCUGAAAGUUAUCUUCUUACUGCAGCUCUGUCACUGAACAGAACUUUCUCAGGCGUUCGAAGUUUUCACCGAAGUUCACCAAAUGUAUAUCCUCAGCAGAAGUUCAUCAAUCCUUAAAUGAAAGUCAGUCCAGGUAUGUCUAUUUUCUCCUUAUGUUUGUGGUGUAAGAUUGAAGUUGUUGCCACUAAGUAGUUACAUUUGUGGCAUUAUAGUUCUUUUAGUGGUAGGACUUUAGAUCUUGCAAAUUGCUGUAGAGGGGAAGGCUAUCGUCAAUUCGUCAUGGUAGGACUUUCAGAGGUUAAUCUCGAGGGGAUUCAUUUUUUGGUCAUGUAGUCGUGUUCGUUUAGACAGAUUCUUGUGUUAUACAAUCGAGGUACCUUAUUCUAAUCUUUAUAUAGUCACUUUGACG